AUGGUGGACGCAACCCUCGUGCCGCCACCGUUGCGGGUCGUGAACGAAGAAACUCAAAGAAUCCCUUCGUCGAUGAGAGCGCUCUACUACUCUCUAGCUCCGAAGAUCCACAUGGCAUUGCAAGCACCACUUUCAGACGAUGAGAGCGCAUCCGAUCAAGAAAUAAUCCCUCUCCCAGAACGCACUGUCAGUCCAGGGCCAGGUAUCGUCCUCGACAAAGGUUUCCCGACACCACACCCCUCGCCAAGCCAAUACCUGCUCAAAGUGCAAGCAGCAGCAUUCUGCCAAGAUGAGAUGCGCCUCGUCAAGGCUCUCAAUCCGGCCUUGACAACAUCACAGAUCCCACUGCACAGUAUCUGCGGCACUAUACUAAGGACCCCGACACAAGAUCCAGAUCGACCUCUUGGUGCACGGUACAAGGUUGGCGAAUCAGUAUUUGGGGUUGUGAGUUAUAUGCGCGAUGGUGGAGCGGCGGAUUUCGUCGUCGCGACCGAGAAAGAAGUAGCGCGCAAACCAUCGAAUAUCACGGCGGCAGAGGGGGCUGCAUUGGCCUUGCCGGCCUUAACGGCGUGGCAGGCGCUUUUCACGUUUGCUGGACUUGACCCUGACGCACCGACAAGGCAGGUAGAAGAGCUUGCUGGUGAAAAUGAGGACGAGGGUCAGAGUCCGCCUGGCCGUCGCAAGAGCUUGUGGGAGAGCAUUACCAAUAAGGGCAGUGAUAAGACCAAAGAUGACGAUGAUGAUGACGAUGCCAAUAAGCAGAAAAAGGGCCGGGCGCUUUCUAUCGGACCUGUGGUUAUAAAGAUCGGGUCAGGUCAAGGUGAUAGCAAGCCCAAGCCCAAGUCUAGAGAGAAGGGGGAUGAAAAGAGUCAAUUUGAACAGACCGACGAGGUUCUAGAGAUACCGGAACAUGAUGACGAUAUCGGACCUAAAAAUGAACGGGGCAGUGAGUUAUUCAAUACCGAUAUCUUCAAGGAGAGAGAAGAUAAAAUUGAGAGCCUCAAGACCAGCGGUGAAAAUAAAGCGCCCAGACCUAAACUCGACGAUCGAAAGAAAAGCCCCAAGGUGAAGUUCAGCGACCCAAAGCUAACUCCAAGUGUCAAAUUCAGCGACUCAAAUCCAACUCCUAAUGCCAAUGCCAAUGCCAAGCCCACGUUAACAUCCAAAGAGGAGGAACAUAAACGUCGGUUCAGUUUGUUCCCAGGGGGAAACGCUAAAAAAGGUCUAAGCCGUCGAUUCAGUUUGUUUCCGACAGGUAACAACGAGGGCGGCCAUGGUCGACGACCAAGUAUGUUCCCAGGUGUCGCGAUCAAAAGAAACCACAAAGUACACCAGCUUCGAAUCCUAGUCACAAACGCCCGAGACAGCGAGGUUGGUCGGGUAGCUGUGCAACUGUUACGAGCGGAGAAGCUCUUUCCAGAAAUCACGCGGCCCUGGAUCUGUGUCACAUGUACAGAGGCCGAAGAAGCUGCGAUCAAAGAGUGGGAUAUUGAUGAGAUCCUGAUAAUUCCUCAUCUACCGACCCGUGAAGAGUGUGAUCUUGGUGCUAUGUUCCGGACCCGGCGGUGGAAUCCUUGCGAUAUUGUGCUGGACUGUACCGGCGGAGAGGUAUUUGAGAUGGCUCAUUCGCCUGAUGUAAUCAAGGACAACGGCUCUGUCCUUACAUCUGUUGAUCCGAGGCCGGCCCUGGAGGCUGGAAAGCCGGAUACCGAGGAAACCUUGGAGAGACGGAAACGGGGAAUACGCAGCCACUUUGUUCCCCCUAAUCCUGAUGAUAAGGUGAUGAGACGCAUUGCAGAGUUAGUGGAGGCUAGUGAGCUUCGAGGUAGGCAGGAACAAGUUGUCUUUCUUGAUAAUGCAGCGAAGCUUUUGGAAGCAGGAGCAGCGGGUGCCGCUGGUGUUCGCCGGGGAGGAAUGAUGGUUGUCCGUGUCAAUUAA